GAUAACCAAUUUUUUUCGUUGGUUGUUGCCCCCAAGGAUCGAACUGGGAUUACCAAUUUCGGCAGAAAAUAACAUUAAUUUUUGUAGAGAUAUUCUGUUUAGUGAUUUAUGUAUAUGGCUUAUUAAACUAGUAAAAGACGAAAGCAAUCCUUAAUAAACCAAUCUUACUCACAAGUUGAAAGGCAACUUAUCGAUUAAAUGCAAAUAAUUUCUAGGAAAAAUUGAAUGUUGGUGAAAAAUGAUUGUGAAUUUAUAUCUAUAACUUCUUUUUGUAUAAUACUAUAUCCGUAUUGCUACAAAUUAUUAUCGGGAUAUUAUUACGUACUAAUUAGUAAAUUCAAAUAGAUAUAACAUGUUCUAUUUUACAUUUACGGGAGAAGAGUCGAUCCUAUCAAUUGAAUAAAAAAAGUGUAAACACUAAUUAUUAGCUAAACCUAUUGAAUAACUAAUAAUUAGCAAAAUAUUAACUUUCAGUUAGCAAUUUUUUUAGUAAUGUUGAUUUGGCAACGUGAUACUGACUUAAAGGAGACAUAUGGCGGUCAACAUUCAAAAAAUUUAGUAUUUUAAUUAAGAAAAGAGAUACAAAACUAUUAACGAUAACGUGAAAAUAACUAAUAUUUUGAGGUAUUUGCUAAUAAAAAAGAAUGCAAUAAAUAUUCGCUAAAUAAUUAGUGUUUACUAUUUACCCUAAAAAAUUGUGUCUUAUUUUAGUAUUAGUCCGAAACGUUUCACAUAAGUUCGAAACGUUUAGAAGGUAGGAACAAAGGGAAGAAUGCUGCUUUGGGGACGAAAUAUCCGUUUUUGCUGAUCCGCGCCUCUCAAGGCCGCGCGCCCUAUUUAUCUGACUUCCCCCUCUCUCUAGAUUCUUCUGGCCGACGGCGAAGUUCUUUACUGGAAGAAAUCCAAGUCCUAGCAGAAACGAAAGCAAUCAGCCAAACUAAGAGAGAGAGCGCGAGGGAGCAGCUUUCGCCGGAAGAAUGGAGAACGGCGAAGUACCUGAAGACGCUAACGAGAAUUGUCCCGGUCCUCUGUCUGAAUCCGCGGGAAAGUCCGAUUCCUGUCAAGGAUGCCCUAACCAGGAAGCUUGUGCUACUGCCCCUAAAGGCCCCGACCCAGACUUGGUUGCAAUAGCAGAGAGAAUGGCAACUGUGAAGCACAAGAUCCUGAUUUUAUCAGGGAAAGGGGGCGUAGGGAAGAGCACAUUCUCAGCCCAAUUAUCCUUCGCCCUAGCCUCCCUAGACUUCCAAGUCGGUCUCCUAGACAUCGAUAUCUGCGGCCCAAGCAUCCCCAAGAUGCUCGGCCUCGAGGGUCAAGACAUCCACCAGAGCAACCUUGGGUGGUCCCCAAUCUAUGUUGAGUCAAACCUAGGAGUUAUGUCAGUUGGCUUCAUGCUUCCAAACCCAGAUGAAGCCGUCAUAUGGCGAGGCCCCCGCAAGAACGGCCUCAUCAAGCAGUUUCUAAAAGACGUCCAUUGGGGCGAUCUCGAUUUUCUUGUGGUUGACGCUCCACCAGGGACCUCAGACGAGCACAUCUCGAUCGUCCAAUUCCUCCAGGCGACAGGAAUCGACGGUGCUAUCAUAGUCACCACGCCACAACAGGUGUCCCUGAUCGAUGUACGAAAGGAAGUGAGCUUCUGCAAGAAGGUUGGGGUGGAGGUUCUCGGGGUUGUUGAGAACAUGAGUGGGUUGAGUCAACCGUUGACAGAUUUCAAGUUCAUGAAGGCAGGGGAACAUGGCGAGCAAGUCGAUGUAACAAAAGCUGUUCUGGAUUGCAUGAGAGAGAAAGCUCCCGAGUUGCUGGAGCUGGUUGCGUUUACUGAGGUGUUUGAUAGUAGUGCAGGUGGUGCAGCAGAAAUGUGUCGGGAAAUGGGGGUCCCUUUUCUUGGGAAAGUACCACUUGAUCCGCAGCUGUGCAAGGCUGCUGAAGAGGGACGAUCGUGUUUUGAAGGCCAGAGUUGCAGGGUUAGUGCUCCAGUGUUGAGGGGUAUGAUCGAGAAGCUGCUGAAGGUGAAGGAAUGGAAUCAAGACGAGUUGCAGCAUGCAGAGAAUGGACGAGUGUAAUAAGAACAUAUGAUCUUUCUGUUUGCUUUUCAUUAGAUUCUCAAGUUUUUUCUUUGUUGUUCAAAGGUGAAUGCUUUGAGGAUUUUGUUUUUGGCAUACGAAUGAGUUGAAGGUAUACACAUGCCAACCAAAUAACGCCAUUUUUGGCUGUGAACAUAUUGCUCGAUGGCAUAUUGUGUUG